AUGACGGGCUUCGCGAGCUCCUUCCACAGCCGUUUCGUGCGCAUCUCCGCAGAUGGCCUUGAAGCAAGCUAUGUGGGCACCAAAGAGGAAGAGAGCUACGAGCUGCACGGGGGGGUCAUUGGCAACGGGCCCUUGGCCGCCGGGCCCGAAGGCAAGUACUUCGAGCUGGAGCUGACCCGCGCGGGCGAAGGCCACCCUGACGGCCUCUGCGUGGGGGUCACACAGAGCAGGCCACAGGAGCUCCGGUCUCCGCCAGACACCAUGGAUGGGGUGCGUUCCACGUGGAUCGCUGGCUACGACGGCCUCAUGUGGGAUCCCAAGGAGGGCGACAUGGUCUCGACUCCGUGGAAUCCCAGCAGCCUGCAGAAUGGCGACGCAGUUGGCGUCUUGGUGCGUCCAGAGGGUCACUUCGUGGUGCUCGUGAACGGCGAGGUGGUCCUGGAGCGCAACGCCCAGGUACCUUUUGCCUCGCCCCUCUUCGCCGUGGUGGACCUUCUGGGCUCCGCGGACGCGGCGCGCCUGCGCCCGGAUCAGAGGCCGAACGCCCCAGCCGUCGCGGCGGCCCUGGCGAAGCAGGAUGCCCCGGGCGAUGCGGUGCCGGCGCGCGAUGAGACGCUGAGCAAUGCGGUGGAGGUGACAGCUCCGGCCACGCAGGCUAUGCCGACGAUGUCGGGCUUCUGCAGCAAGAAGAAGGGCCACUGUGUUCGCCUCUCCGAGGACCUGCUCAGCGCCAGCUACACUGGGCAGACGGGGCAUGAGAUGCACGGGGGCCUCAUUGGCAACCAUCCGUUGGCGGUACAGCCCGGGAGCGUGGUCUUCUUCGCGGUGGAGCUCACGAAGAUCCGGGAGAACAUGAUGGACGGUCUGACGGUGGGCAUCACUACCAACUCUCCGGGAGAUCUCGAUGAGAUGCCGGACACCAUCGAUGGAGUUCAGGCCUGCUGGACAGCGGGCUACGACGGCCAGAUCUAUGACGCCCCGCAGGACCGGUGGACGGAUCUCGCGUGGCACGGCCGUGACCUCCGCGUGGGCGACCGUCUGGGCGUCCUUGUGGAGGCGGGCCGCAUGAAGAUCUUCGUGAACAAGGAGCUGGCGGCAACGGCCCACGAAAACAUCCCUGAGAGGCCGCUCUACGCGCUUGUGGACCUCAUUGGCUCCGCAGAGGGC